AUGGCCUCUCCUCUUCUCACAUCGGAGGCACGACUCAACUGCCUGUGUGGAGCCAUCACACUCCCAGGCACGUACCUACUAUCUUCAACAUUUCCUGUAUCUACUAUCACUUGCCACUGCAACCCCUGCCGACAAGUCACGGGUGGGCUUCUGCCCAUCUUUGCGUGGCUCAAUGCCGUACCUCCCUCUGCUGUCAUUGCCAGCACCACCGCCUAUCACUUCACCGAUCGCUGCACGCGAUACUUCUGCUCGACCUGCGGAUGCGUGUGUCUAGUCGAGCUGCCCAAGGUUGGCAAGUGGGCCUGCACUGCCGGCAUCAUCGAACCUCCCGUAGGAGUCACCGAUGUAGUCGCCAUCUCAUCCCACGGCUAUAUCUCAGACACCAUUGACGGCGGUCUGGUGCCCCUUCUCAUGGCCCCGAAACACGUGCCCCUGCCCCUGAUCAGCGUCGGCCACAGCAACAACGGUAUAUCUCCGGAAGACGUACUUCAUCUCACCAAAGCGUCUCUCACACAUCCUCUCCCCGCCCUGGGUCAUCAAUUGCCGGCCAGCUGCCACUGCGGCGGCGUGGUACUCCUCAUUUCCCGCGCUAACAACACCAAUACCUCAACUGGAGAACAGCCAUGCCCGACGACCUCGAAUCCGAGCAAGCACAGUGCCUCAUUCUGUGCCUGCAGAACCUGUCGUCUCGCCACGGGCAUGUUGCUCCAAGGCUGGACGCACGUUUCCCGCAACACGAUUGAAAGCGCCGCUACCGGCGCUCCCCUGGCGCUGACGCUCUCUGCUGACGCUCCAGACCCUGAUCAAACCGACACCCAAUCGAACAUUCGGCGCUUUCAAAUCAGCAACGACACCUACCUAAGCUUCUGCGGCCACUGCGGCGCCACCAUCUCCAUAUCCGGCCACAAGGCAGGGGUUGCUGCAGCAGAGUACAACAACGAACAAAUCCGCAUCAGCGUCGGCAUCCUGCGCGCGGCAAGCGGGUCGAUGGCGCGAGAAUGGCUGGCCUGGGCCAACGACGGGGAAGUCGAGUGGCUGGAGGAGCUGCCGGACCAGAGCAUCAGGGACUGCGUCCAACGAGGCUGGGGACCGCUUGGACUUGGACGGCAGCAGCAGGAUAUCGCCUAG